AUGAGGGAGAAUGUGGAAGGAAUACCAAGCCACCUCCUCUGGCAGAAGCCUCCUUAUGAGAUACCAAUAGUGGGAAGGAAGGAGCAUAUGAGAAAGCAGACUGAAGAAAAGACCCGGUAUGGGAUGAUGUCUUCCACACUGGGUACUUUCUCCAAGCUUAGCUCUGUAGGUAUUGAAAAACUUCACUAUCCAAAGAGAACAAACGUUUGCUACCUUUAUUGCAUCAUUACGCUUCUGCCCCUUGCUUCGUCCCAAACCAGUGACACUCUCCUUUCCACGAAGAACUCGCACCUUACUCUCAUCUUCGAGAAACGAAUGAUGCCCUGCAGGCGCCAAAAGGAAAAGAGAGGCACGCAAUUGGCGAUCAUCGAUUUUGAAGGGAGCAAUAACCGGCGGUAUUGGAAAGUGAGAACAAAUGUCGUCAAGACUUAUGUGGGAAGCUCACUCGAUAUCGCUCAACCUCUUAUUCCUGACCCUCAAAGCUCCCAUCCUCUCGAUACGUAUGUGGUAGUAUUCAUUUCUGCCACCAACAAGCGUGCAUUCUUCAUCGAAUCCUACGUCAUGGAGAUGUUUGCAAAGUUGAGAGCUUGGGCGUGCCAGGAAAAUGAAGUGUUGACCAAAGACAUUGAUAAAGAAGGCUGGCUUAGUGAACAGGCAAAGGCAUCAUGCCAUACACAGACCCAUCAAUCAAGCUAUAAGCACUCCAGCUUAGUUAUUGGUCAAGAAGACUUAAUAACAGUCUCUUGUCUUCGAAUUGGUGGCAUCUGUCGCAGCAUGUUUACCUGGAAAUAG